AUGGGUCACAAAACCCUCCUCCCGAGUUUCGGCACCAAAUGUAAGGAAUUGGGGCGCUGCCGAAAAGAUGAGAUCGAAGUUCUUAAAGAGGCCUCUCCCUUUCGCAGGACUGCUCUACAUCUGGCCUGUGUCUUUGGCCAUCCGGCAGUGGUCAGUCUCCUUGCGGACAGCAAAUGCCUGCUGGACCUUUGUGACCUUGAUAACAGAACACCUCUAAUUAAGGCGGUGCAGUGCCAGCAGGAGGAGUGCGUGGCUGCUCUGCUGGACCGUGGGGCUAACCCAGACAUCAGGGACAUUGACGGCAACAGCGCUCUGCACCAUGCUGUCCUUGGUGAAAGCGUAGCUAUACUUGCAAAGCUACUAUUGAGCAAUGCGAAUAUGGAAGUAAGAAAUAAGGACAAUCUCACACCACUUUUACUUGCUGAAAGUGAACAGAAAGAGCAAAUGAUGGCACUUCUAGUAAAGAAAGGCAGAGAAUUUGAAAACAUGAAAAGGACGAACAGGCAUACAUCAAAUGACAAAGGUUUCAAGAUUGAAGAAGAAAGAAAGAAACAGAACGUUAGUAAAAUGGAAGUAACCAAAAAGAUACAUCAAGCUGCUGGUGAAGACGGCCAUGGAUUAAUUAAGCCAAGAGAUUGUAAACAAACUGAUAACCAGCCAUUUGCUUUUAUGGAAAAUGACAAUUCUGAUAGGACCUCAGAAGAAAUAUGUUCUGAAGAAUACAAGGUCAAAGAGAACAUUAAUUCCAUGGAUGACCUUGAUGACCUAACUCAGUCAACUGAAACAGUUUCAGAUCCUUACUCCAACUGUAAAAAUUUCAUAUUGCUAAUUGGAGAACUUUGCAAGAAUUGUAAAGCUGAAUUAGAGCCAGAAGUGUUAUCUGCUUUAUCUGCAAAGCUAAGUCUCAUGUCUUCCACACUCAAGAAUGAUUACCUUAGAGAUAAACUGGAAGCUGUGUCUUCAAACUGCCCGUACCUGGAAAAAGAAAAUAAAUCUCUUCAACAAGAAUUAUUAACUAUGAAAGCAAUGGAAAUGCAAUGUAAAAUGCUAGAGGAUGAAAACAAAAAGUUGAAUGAAAAAGUAAUAAACCUCAGAAGACAUAUGAAAACAAACAUGGUAGAACACAGUGAACUAGAACACUACAAACAGGCUGAAAAAAGAGCCAGACAGGAUGCAGCAGAACAUUUACAGCAAGUCAAAUCCCUCAUGCAGAUACACAGAGAAUCUCAAGAACAUAAUUUUUCAGUACAAAGUCAUUUGGAACUUCGAAAUAAAGAACUGGAGUCAGAACUCCUCAAAAUGCAAAGUUCUCUACAUUUCAACAACACAAAAAUGGAAAACUACGUGGCACUGUACCAAGAAGAAUCAGAAAAAAGAAGGUUAUUGGAAAAUGAACUAAAUGAGACUAUAAAUAAGAUGGUUCAGGUCCGUACUGAACUCUUCCAGCUGACAGAGAAGUACUGUGAUUUACUCAGCACCAUUCAGACGAGACCAGUCCUGCAGACACCUUGUGCUGUCAAUACUAAUUCUAACUCUAAUACUAGCUUCAUGCCCAGUACACAACGUAAUCCAAGUACGUUGAUUUUUCCUACCAUGGAAGAAAUGAAGAAGAAAAACCAGAUAAUGUCUCAUUUACAAGAUGAAGAUGAAAACAUGUAA